CCCACAGCACUAGCAGCAGAAAUACAAACAUGGACUCAAAAAAAUCCCUUCUCCCUCUCCUCUUCUUACUACUAAUAGCUUCCUCCAAUGAAUCAUCAUCCCCAGCAUCUGAGGCAGCAAAAGCUCUUUUGAAAUGGAAAGCCAGUCUCUCUCAAAAAGAGGCUCUCGGUUCAUGGUCCUUAAUCCCCAUUGCCAACGCUUCUGCCACCCAAGAGAGCUCUCCAUGCAACUGGACCGGGAUCUCAUGCGAUCAUGCACGCAACGUAGUUGAAAUAAACCUUUGGAAUACAAGCUUGCAAGGUAUGCUUGAUAAUUUUAACUUCUCCUCCUUUCCCAACCUCAUCAACCUUAAUCUCAGCCAAAACUCACUCCAUGGAACCAUUCCAACCCCAAUCGGUUCUCUUUCAAAACUCGUCUUUCUUGAUUUGUCCGCCAAUCAACUGUCGGGUGCCUUUCCUCCUUCACUAGCUAAUCUUACUCGCAUUCUAGAGCUCAACCUUUCUGAUAACAUGAUAACCGGUAAAAUAUACCCUCAUUUCUUCGCCAAUUGGACCAGACUCAUCUCUCUUCAACUCUAUACCAAUAAACUCACAGGAGAAGUUCCAUCAAGAAUUAGCUUGCUGAAAAAUCUUCGCAACUUGGACCUCUCCAAAAAUCAGAUAGUCGGUUCGAUACCUCCAGAAAUUGGAAUGCUUAAAGAUCUCCUCACCCUUAGAUUGCACAGAAACUAUCUCACAGGCGCCAUCCCAUCAUAUCUAGGUAAUUUGAGCAGCCUAACUACACUCAGACUGAAUGAUAAUAGGCUCACCGGUCCAAUUCCUCCUUCCCUUGGAAAUUUGAGAAGCCUAACCAAACUCUCCCUACCUAAAAAUCAGCUCACUGGUCCAAUCCCUCCAACUUUUGGCAAUUUGAGCAACCUGACUUCACUCACUGUACGCUCUAAUCAGUUAUCUGGUUCAGUACCUCCAGAAAUCUCAAAUCUAACACGUUUGGAAAAACUCACUUUGGUUGGCAACAAUUUUUCAGGCCACCUACCUGAAGUAUGCCAAGGCAAAUCACUUCGACGCUUCGCUGCGAAAGGAAACCAUUUCACUGGUCCCAUCCCUGAAAGUCUGAGAAACUGCAGCACCUUAAUAAGAGUUCGGCUCCAACAUAAUCAGCUCACUGGAAAUAUAUACCAAGUUUUUGGAGUAUAUCCUAGUUUAGAGUUCAUUGACCUGAGUUACAAUAGAUUUCAUGGCGAGCUGUCGCCUAAUUGGGGAGAGUGUCGAAACCUAACACUCCUAAAAAUCUCCAACAACAAUAUUACUGGUACAAUUCCGCUGCAAAUUGGGCAAUUGAGUAGGCUACAAGAGCUCGAUCUUUCAUCGAACAACUUAGAAGGAAAGGUUCCUAGUACCCUUGGGAGGUUGUGUAUGCUUUACAAGUUGAGUUUAAACAAUAACCAACUAUCCAGUCGGGUACCGGGUGAAAUUGGAAAACUGUCUAAUUUGGAGGUUCUUGAACUAUCGAAGAACAAACUGAGCGGGCCAAUACCUCAACAACUGGGGGACUGCUCCAAAUUGUCGUAUUUGAGCAUGAGUGAGAAUUAUUUGAAUGGAAGCAUUCCAUUUCAGAUAGGAAAUCUAGUAGGCCUACGGUAUACAUUAGACCUCAGCCAUAACUUCCUUUCGGGAGAGAUACCUGGACAACUUGGAAAACUGCACAUGUUAGAAAAGCUAAAUCUCUCCCACAAUUUGCUCUCUGGUUCCGUCCCGUCAUCUUUCAAAGAGAUGAUCAGUUUAUAUUCCAUCAACUUUUCAUAUAAUGAAUUGGAGGGCCCUCUUCCCGACAGCAAAGCCUUUCGCCUGGCUCCGUUGGAGGCAUUCGUUGAAAACAAAGGUCUAUGUGGUGAAGUGAAAGGUAUGUUACCAUGUAAUUCCUCUUCAAUAAACCCUGUUGGCGCAAAGAAAGACAAGAAAGCUGUGUUCUUCAUCGUUACUCCCACUGUAGCAGCAUUAUUUCUUCUAUUUGUAAUUGCCAUCAUUUGCUUUAUUUUUCUCCGGAAAACAAGAAAUUUAGAGAAAGGGGACAUAGAAGUAAACAAUGGAAAUCUAUUUUCAAUAUGGAAUUUUGAUGGAAAGACUGUGUAUGAAGACAUCAUCAGAGCAACCAAGGAUUUUGACAACAAAUAUUGCAUUGGGGUGGGUGGGUACGGGACAGUUUAUAAAGCAAAUCUACAAACUACUCAGGUAGUAGCUAUAAAAAAACUUCACCCAUUAGAUGGGGGUGAAGGAGUGGACCAGAGAAGCUUUAGAAAUGAGAUACAAGCACUAACAGAAAUUCGACAUCGCAACAUCGUGAAGCUCUAUGGGUUUUGUUCGCAUGCUCAGUGCUCAUUUCUAGUGUACAAGUACAUGGAAAGGGGAAGCUUAGCUUGCAUCCUCAGCAGUGAGGAAGGAGCCGUGGAAUUGGAUUGGGUGAAGAGGAUGAACAUCAUUAAAGGCAUAGCACAUGCUUUAUCAUACAUGCACCAUGAUCGCACCCCUCCUAUAGUUCAUCGGGACUUAACGAGCAAUAACAUUUUGUUGGAUUUGGAAUUUGAGGCCUGUGUCUCUGACUUCGGCACCGCUAGGCUCAUAAAACCAGAUUCAUCAAACUGGUCCGAACUUGCAGGCACUUGCGGAUAUGUUGCUCCAGAGCUUGCAUACACAAUGAGGGUGACUGAGAAAUGUGACGUAUAUAGCUUUGGGGUUAUAUCACUUGAACUCAUAAUGGGAAGGCAUCCUGGAUUUCUCUUCUCAUCCUCGGCAUCAUCAGGUGGGCAAGAUACAUUGUUGAUGGAUGUGUUAGAUCAACGUCUCCCGCUUCCCGUGCCUCAAGACAGAAAGGAUGUGGUUUCUGCUGCGAUGUUGGCACUUGCAUGCUUGCGUGCCAAUCCUCACUCUCGGCCCACCAUGCGGCACGUGUCGCAGGAGCUAUCUGCAGGCAAGGAUCCUCUUCCUGAAGCUUUCCACAAGAUUAAAUUGUCUCAACUGUCGGAUAUCCUGGUGUGAUUGAGUAAUAGGAGGAGAUGACAGGGAAGAAAAGGAAAAACCAUGGAAUAUGGAGCAGAGUCAUCUACCUAGUGAGCCUUUCAUCAAUGGUUUUUCUAUUUUAAAAUAGAUAAAUACACCUACUCAGGGGAAAGCAUCAACCUAACCCACACAUAGCACGGAGAAAUAUCAAUUUGUGGAUGUUGAAGUGUUUGUAUAUUUGUGUCCUUAGAUGUUCCUCUUGUAGUUGUACGUUGAUAUUGAAGCAUUUGUCUAUUCUUUGA